AUGGCAGGCCCAGACAAGAAGAAGAGAGGCGGCAAGCCCAAAGGCGAAAAGGGCCCAGUGAUCACGGAUUCUCGUUUCGAGAAUAUCCAAACCGAUCCUCGCUACCGUCUUCCCAGCAAACGCCAGACUCAUGUCAAGCUCGAUAAGCGUUUCCAGCACAUGCUUGACGAUAAGGACUUCUCUCGCAACGCUGCUGUCGACCGCUACGGACGAAAGCUUGCCAAAGACGACACUAAGGAGAAAUUGAAGAAAUUCUACCAGGUGGAUGAAGACGAAGACGACGAAGACGACGAAGACGACGAGGCCGACGAUGACGAAGAGGUCAAGAAGGAAUUGAAACGCAUCAACAAGAGCUCCUAUGACCCCGCACGUGAUGGUGGUUUCGAGUCUUCUUCAUCUGAGGAGAGCUCCAGUGACGAAGAGGAGGAAGAAGAGGACGAGCUAGACGAAGAAGCACAAUUCCCCGACAAGCAGCAAUCCGAUGUGCCAAGCGGAGAAGUGACAAACCGCAUAGCAGUGGUCAAUCUCGAUUGGGAUAACAUUCGCGCGGAGGACCUGAUGACAGUUGUUUCCAGCUUCCUUCCACCUGCUGGGCGAGUGUUGAACGUCACAGUCUACCCCAGCGAAUUUGGCAGGGAGCGCAUGGAGCGGGAAGAGGUGGAAGGCCCUCCAAGGGAAAUCUUUGCAGGCGGCAAGAAGAGCAAGAAAAACAAGGAUGGCUUCGAAGAUGAGGAACUUGACUCUGACGAGGAAGAAGAAGAGAUCAAAAAGUCUAUAUUGAAGGGCGAUGAUGGCGAGGAGUUCAACUCUACGCAACUACGACGCUACCAACUUGAUCGUCUACGUUACUUCUAUGCCAUCGUCGAAUUCUCAUCGAAGGACGUCGCCAAGCAUGUUUACGACCUCAUUGACGGCGCCGAAUACCUUUCCAGUGCCAACUUCUUUGAUCUCCGCUUUGUUCCCGAUGAUACGGAUUUCUCCGAUGACAAGCCUCGGGACGAGUGCUCCCGCAUUCCCGAUGACUAUAAGCCCACCGAAUUUGUCACCGAUGCUCUGCAACACAGCAAAGUCAAGUUGACAUGGGACGCGGACGACAAAUCAAGGAAAGAGGCUCAAGCCCGUGCUUUCCGAGGCUCACAUGCAGACAUUGAUGAGAACGAUCUGAAAGCCUACAUCGGCAGCGAUAGCUCCGAUAAUGAGAGCGAAGAUGAUGAGGAAGGAGGAGUUGAAGUCAUCGACACCACUGGAGGAGAACCGUCGACCACAAAAAUGUCCAAGAAAGAAGCCGAGAGACAACGCAUGCGAGCACUGCUCGGAUUGAGCGCCGAGCCUACGCGCUCCAAGCCGGAUGCCCCUGUCGGUGAGAUGGAGGUCACAUUCACAUCGGGCUUGGCUGGUGGCCACGGCAAGGACAGCAUCUUUGAGAACGAACCAGAGAUUGAAGAAACCACUGUCGAAAAAUACGUGCGUAAGGAGCGCGAGCGCAAGAAGCGCCGCAAGGAAAAGCUCAAGGCCUCCAAGCGUGGUGAAGAGGAUCUGUCCGACAAAGAAGACGAAGCGGAAAGCGACGCCGGUCCAACCGAGGCGCCGCCGCAAGAGGAAGAAGAUGCUGGAUUCAACGAUCCCUUCUUCGAGGACCCUGAUGGAAAGGCCACAGCUGCCUCUCGGCGCAAGGAGGAAAGGCGCAAGAAGCGUGAGGAACGUGCUGCCGAGGAAGCUGCAUCAGCUGCUCAGCGGGCUGAACUGGAACUUCUCAUGGUGGAUGAUGAGAAGGCCUACAUCAAACACUUCGAUAUGAACGAGAUUGAAAAGGCCGAGAAGCAGGCCCGCAAGAAGGGCAAGGGCAAGAAGGGCAAGAAGCUAGAGGCUGCCCCUGCGGACGACUUCAAUGUCAACGUCAGCGAUCCUCGUUUCUCACGUUUGUACGACAGCCACGACUUUGCCAUUGAUCCUACCAACCCCCGAUUCAAGUCAACUUCCGGCAUGAAGGCUCUUCUGGACGAAGGCCGUAAGCGCCGACGGACUGGCGAUGAGGCUGAAACGGAGGCACCCGUUGAACGUCGGGACAGCAAGAAGAAGCAGAAGAAGGCCUCCAAGGAGUCCAACUCCGAGGAAUUGAAGCGACUGGUGGACAAGGUCAAACGCUCUCACUAA